AUGCACUGUAGUCUCUGUUUGUCCCUGACUGUGGCUCCAGCGAACCACACGGUGAUGGAGGAGGUGAUGGAGGAGGUGAUGGAGGAGGUGAUGGAGGAGGAGAUGGAGGAGGUGAUGGUGGAGGUGAUGGAGGAGGUGCUGGAGGAGGUGAUGGAGGAGGUGAUGGAGGAGGUGAUGGUGGAGGUGAUGGAGGAGGUGCUGGAGGAGGUGAUGGAGGAGGUGAUGGAGGAGGUGAUGGAGGAGGAGAUGGAGGAGGUGAUGGAGGAGGUGAUGGAGGAGGAGAUGGAGGGGGUGAUGGAGGAGGUGAUAGAGGGGGUGAUGGUGGAGGUGAUGGAGGAGGUGAUGAGGAGGUGA